AUUGUUUUAAAAAAGUUUGCAAUUAGCAAUAUGAACAUUUUUUUUUUAAUGACGAUAUGCUUUCUCCACAUUAAUCGAUUUGUGCACAAAAGUAUUAAAAUAUGAUUAUCAAAAAAUAAAUUUACGAGAUAUUUUAAAAUUUUUUAACACUUUAAAAUCACCUGAGAUUUGAUCUUUGUAACCAAACUAGUACACACUUGUACUUAAAACGAAAUACAUAUAUAUUCGAAGUUUGACAAGCAAGAUAGAAAUUUUUAAUACAGCCCAGUGUUUUGAAGGCAAGGGUCUUGGUUAUAAGCAGAUUUUUUCUAAUUCCGAUCUCGUUUCCCGUUAAUGAGCGUUGUUAAUUAUAGCGGAAAGAACCGAGUUAUUAUUAAUUUACGCAGACACAUGCAGACCAGUUCCGCGCGAUAAUCGCACGAAGCGAAGAUGAACUCUCGCGGCCGGGUCCAAGAAUAAAGCUUUAUAAAUCGCGUGUCGCGCUUCCCUCCGCGGUACGCGACGCGUCGCGUCGCGUCGUCAUUUGGCUCGUAUUCGUCGCUCGCACUUAUCUAUGCGUAUCGUGUUAGUCCCACGUGCGGCGCAUAUGUGUUGGCAGCGCAAAAUACGGUCGAAUACGAGCGAUAAUGAGCACGCAAUCGUACAUUCGCAAUCAUUACCCGGACGACCGCGCGUUACCAGAGAUAGACAUCGAGACAUCACGCGCCGUCACGCAUUAAUUAGCUGUCGGAUAUUAUUUUUCUCGCCUCAUCGACGCCGAGCGAGAUAAAUCAGCUUGUUUAAGUAUAAAUUGAAAUGUCGUUUCUCGCAUCUCGGCGUGACGUUUUGAUUGAAAUUAAAAUCGCUACCUGGAUUCCUCCAAGGCGAAGGUCUCUUCGAAGGUUGUCGCUCGUGUAAUGUGAAAAAGAAAAAAAAUAAAAUAUCGCGUGUGUGCAAUUGCGUGAUUUGUUUCCCAGGCGAAUUUCUGGCAUGAGAUUCGGAGCCAGUCUCUCUUUAGCAAAAAACGCAGGAUGUCAUUCGUCAUUCGUCGAGACUUGCCCAAUUUGUAACGUCAUCUUUUAACAAAUGGUUUCUGGCAGUGAUGCCCUCAUCGGAGGAGGAAAGCCAGUGGCUCGUUGGCAGCGGGGGCGGUCUCGCACCCUCCGGCGGCAGCGCGACGAAAACAGGGGCUGGCGAGCGUGGGGCGAGCACUAGGUCCGGUCUCUACACCGAGGAGAUGACGACGCAGCCGGCGAGCGUCGCCACCGCCGGCGUCAACUCGGCCUCGGCCGACUCCGCGGAGCACGAUCUCAUCGACUCCACCGCGGACGCGACUCUUCUGGCGCAGUUUCACGAGGACGCCAUCAAACAGGCUGGUGUCGGCUAUUUCCAAAUAUUUGCGGCUUUCUGCACAGGUUUGAGUUUGGCGGCCGACACUGUUGAGUUUUUCGUUGUACCUUAUAUACUGCCAAGUGCAGAAGUUGAGCUUUGCAUCGAAGACAAUGAAAAAGGAUGGCUCGGAAAUAUUACCCUUGUCGGUCUUGCACUGGGUGGAUUAUUUUGGGGUGGUCUCGGUGACAGAUUGGGAAGACGCAGAGCCCUUCUCUCAGCCAUGUCUGUGCAUGCUCUGUUCAGUGGCGUUGCAACGUUUAUGCCCACUUAUGGCACUUUUAUGACGGCUAGAUUUUGCUCAGCUCUUGGAGUGGGAGGAGCUGUACCACUGGCAUUUGUAUAUCUCGCGGAAUGCUGUCCACAAUUAAGUAGAGGUCGUUGGACGGGUAUACUAAUGGCAGCGUGUGCACUCGGUGGCGUCUACGCAGCACUCUUAGCCUGGGCAGUGGUACCUACGACGGGAGAAAUGGUUGUCUUAGAAAAUAAGGAACACUUUAGCGCUUGGCAUCGUUUCUUGUUAUUAUGUUGUCUGCCGGCGUUGUGCUCCACGAUUGGUCUUAUCUUCUUACCGGAAAGUCCAAGGUAUCUCAUAGAGGCUGGUCGAGAUGUAGAGGCAAUGAUGGUUUAUCAGAGGAUAUAUAAGAAUAACGCCCGAAAAGGUGCAACAGGUGCUCAAUAUCAGCUCUCUGAACUUGAACUUCCCACUAAAAGACCUCGCGGCUUGGCGCCGCCAUCUCCUAGUAAUCACACUAGUGUUUUGGCAGACAUAAUAUAUUCGAUCGAAAUGUUCUGGAAUUCUUUUCUCGAAUUAUUUGCAACGCCUCAUUUACGCGUGACUUUAAUCCUGUUAAUUAUAUGGACCGCUGCUUCAUUUAGUCUUUACGGUCUUAUGAUAUGGUGUCCCGAAUAUCUGAAGCUUUUGCGAGCAAAAGAAUAUGAAGCUGUCACUGAACACUUUUACACAGAAGAUCACAAUGGUACAACAUUUACUGGUUCUUGGGAAAAUCGUCAGUAUAAAAACUGUACAUUUUCGAACUGCAGAUUUACUAAAAUGGUAUUCAGUCACGUUGAUUUUGACAAUUGUACCUUCCAAUCGGUAGAAUUUAGUAGUAUUAAGUCUAGCAAAACCCAUUUUAGAGACAGUAUUAUUGUAUAUUCGAAAUUUGUUGACACAGAUUUAUCUGCACAAGUUUUCACCAGAUGUAAAUUGGAGAAUAACACAGAGCUGAGUUUAAGUGGGCCCUGUCCGACUCUUGAUUUGGAUUAUAACAUUUAUAUUGAAGAGGCAUUGCAUGCUCACCUUGUUGCUCAAUUGGCUUUUGUGCCUGCUGCCGCACUAGCGGGAUUGGCGCUUACCGUUCUCCAACGGCCAAAAUUAAUUGAUCUCUCGCUUUUCCUCUCUUCUGUUACUGCAUUAUCCCUGAUAUUCAUUCGUCAAAACAGUUCGGCAAUUCUUGGUUUCGAAGGUGGCUUUACAGCUCUUUUCGCUAUUGGGUGGACAUCAUUAACUUUGGUGACAGUCGAGAGCUUCCCUACACACUUAAGGUGCACCGGUUUUGGGCUUAUAGCAGCGGCUAUAAGAACAUCAGGUCUGAUAGGAACCACAACAUAUCAGACAUUAGUGGGUGCGCCGUUAAUUGCGCCUGCACUGUUGACUGCACUGGCAUUAUUGAUCGCCAGCAUUAUAACUUUAAAAUUGCCUCAUACUCAUACUGUCUUCUUGUAAACUUUUCAUCGGUAGAAAAAAGUAUUAGCAACACGUAUCUGAAGAUAAAAAUUUAUAGUUACAUACGAAAACUGUAUAGUACUUUGUUGUCUGACGAUUGAAUUCUCAAAAAGAAUAAUCUCAAAUGUGAGAUAAAAGAGGAAAUAUGCUAUCAUUUAAUUCUUUAUUCUUAGGAUUAUUCGAUAAAAAAAAUGAUGUUCAAGACAUGUCAAUAAUUUAUUGAUCAAAAAGAGAAAAUUUUUUAGAAAAUGAGACUUUGUACAAAGUGACAUAUCUUAAGUAAUAACGAAGGUAAGCACUGUUGUCUUUUGGGAACACUUGCAUAUUUGAAACGCACAGAACAUUCAUAAUUUGCUAAUACAGAUAUAGCUUGGAAUUGGAUCAAAAUAUAUUUGUAUCCUAUUUUAUAGAAUGUGGCGAAUAACGCUAUAUGCGAAUGAUGCUAAUAUUUGAACGAAGCAAAAUGAAAGAUUUCAAGAUUGGCUGACACAGAUGUUUUUAUGCGCAAAGUUAUUCUGAAAUUAAUAUAAUUACUCUACUAUCUUAUCUUUGAUGAUAUAUUUACCGUUGUGCAAGUAUUAAGCAAAGGACACACACACACACACACACAUAUGUGCAACUAUUUUAAUAAGGCUUACGCCAUGAAACGUGUCAAUUUUAAUGAGGAUGUGCAAUCAUCCGUAAUGAUAUAUGAUAUAUAUUAAGAAACAUUAAUUAGAGAUAUAUCAGUAACGCAAUUUGAUAUCUCAAUUAUUAUUCCAGAGAGACAUCACGCUUAUAGAAUAGCUGUUCUUUUGAUCUAUGGAUUAAAUAAUACCGAUACAUAAUGUGAAACUUGAAUAUAACUUUGAAUAUAGUUUGCGGAAGAUACAUAUUCAUUCAAAUUUGAUCACACCAGAAACUAUAGUAAUAAAUAUUUAUUACAUACAAAUAAAUUAUAAUAAUAUAACAAUUUUAUAUGUUUUGGUGAGAAGAGAAAUGACAAGUUGGUUUCACGUGCGGAAAACAUUCCCCUAUGAAGGAAAAGUAAUGGUAUAGUCAGAGUACUUCCGCUUUUUGCCGAUUUAUUAACAUGUACUACAUCUGCUAAUUAGACGCUAGAAGGCUGUUAAUUCAACAAAUAAAAAGUCGGGCAAGAUUCAUAUAACAUAAACGCUGCCGUGUGAAAUCUCGAUUCCUAAAUAAAGACUUUUGAACGAGAAAAAAGAUAUGGAAGAUAUUCAGCUUUGCAACAUAAAAACUCUAGAGAUUAUCAUUUUUAACGUUAAUCGUCUUCAAGCUUACGAUAAAUUACAUGUAUAAACAUGUGUGCGUCUAACUUUCUAUAUAGUGACAUGUAUAUUAAAAUGUAGAACAUUAUUUUCUACAAGAGUUCACAUGUCUUGACGUAAACAUAUGUAAAGUGUAAUAUCACUAUAAUCUACUUGAGAAAACUUUGCUAAAGUUUUAUCAUUGUUGGCAACAAACAAUGAAUGACAUCGUCAAACUGGAAUGAAUGUAAAAAGAGUUCCUUGAGGAAGAAAGAGAGGCAAUUUAUCUUUAGGCAAUAAGAAUGUAAAAGAGUGCAAUAAGAAGUAUGUAAGAGAGGGACGAGGAUCAUCGGAAUUUAAAAGUUACACUUUACGAACGUUUUCGGGCAUUUUAUCAAGUUGGAGAAGAUGUCGACAGAGAAAUGAACUUAAUAGAAUAAAUGUUUAUGCGUUC